AUGCCACAGCUCGAGCCCAAGUUUCUCUCACGAGGGCCUUUGGAUUCCAAAGAAGCCCGAUGGAAACGCUUAGUCAAAACAAAUUACAUCGACCCCAAUGGAGUACAGCGAGACUGGGAGUCAGCUGAACGCCAGACAAGACCUAAAGAUUCCCUCGUGGAUGGAGUCAACAUAGUAGCCUUCUUGAACAAAUCAACAGGAUCGGAACUUCUCCUUGAGAAACAAUACCGACCACCAAUUGACCAAGUCGUCAUUGAGCUUCCUGCAGGUCUGAUCGACCCAGGUGAAACAAUUGAACAAACUGCAAUUCGGGAACUCAGAGAGGAGACUGGGUAUAUUGGUGUUACUAAUAAGACCAGCGGAAUUAUGUACAAUGAUCCCGGGUUCUGCAACUCUAAUUUCAACAUGGUUUAUGUCCAAAUUGACAUGUCCCUUCCAGAAAACCAGGAUCCUAAGCCUAGUCUUGAGGAUAAUGAGUUUAUUGAGUGUUUCACGGUUCCGGUUUCGCGGCUUAGUGCUGAGCUUGAGAACCUAGAGAAGGAAGGUUAUGCCAUUGAUGCUCGUGUGGGAUGUAUAGCUGAAGGGAUUGAGAUUGCGAAGAAGCUGAAGUUUUGA